AUGUCUUCCGACGAGGGCCACGGCAAAGAGCCCGAAAAGCCAGUCCUCUCGACGGACAAGGCGAUAUCCUCCCAAGGCUCAUACAACACCCUGAUUCCCGAGGCCGGCACCACGCCCGACAAGGGAGAAGGGCAGGUGCACGAUGAACUCCUUGACCUCGCCAGGCGGUUGACGACUCACUCCCAGGGCGGCGGUGCAGCGUCCCUUUUCCCCCUCGCCGGAGACGGACCACUGGACCCCACCAACCCCAAGUUCAACGCCAAGGCGUGGGCCAAGGCCUUCUACAAGGUCCGCAAGGAGUCCCUCGAGGGCAACCCGCCCAAGACGACGGGCAUCGCCUUCAAGAACCUCAACGUGUACGGUUUCGGCUCCGACACCGACUUCCAGAAGAGCGUGGCCAACGUUUUCUUUGAGGCAGGCCGGUUGGCUAAGAAGUGGUUGUUCAACAAGAAGGACGAGCGUGUCGAUAUCCUCUACGAUCUCGAGGGUGUCGUACACAGUGGAGAGAUGCUCUGCGUGCUGGGUCCCCCAGGCUCCGGCUGUACGACGUUCCUAAAGACAGUCGCCGGAGACACCCACGGCUUUCAUGUCCACGAAUCGUCCACGCUCAAUUACCAAGGCAUCCAUCCCGAUCAGAUUCGAAGUGCGUUCCGAGGCGAAGCUAUCUACACCGCCGAAGUCGACCACCAUUUUCCGCAGCUUACCGUCGGCGACACCCUUUACUUCGCGGCUGCGGCGCGAUGCCCUAAGAAUAUCCCCGCUGGGGUCAGCCGAAAGGAGUAUGUAGAGCAUCUCCGCGAUGUAACGAUGGCCAUGUUUGGUAUCUCGCAUACCAAGAAUAGCCGUGUUGGCGAUGACUUUAUCCGCGGCGUCAGCGGAGGCGAGAGGAAGCGUGUUACAAUUGCUGAAGCGUCGUUGAGCUAUUCUCCCUUGCAGUGCUGGGAUAAUAGCACCAGAGGGCUCGACAGCGCGAACGCAGUGGAAUUCUGCCGAACUUUGAGGACGCAGGCUGAUGUCAUGGGUUGCACUUCGUGUGUCGCUAUCUACCAAGCCCCUCAAGAUGCCUAUGACCUCUUCGAAAAGGUUCUCGUCUUGUAUAAAGGCCGGCAAAUCUUUUUCGGGAAAGCCUCCAGAGCCCAGUCAUACUUUGAGGAGCUCGGCUUCUUAUGCCCGGAGCAACAGACCACCGCCGAUUUCCUCACUUCCAUGACCAGCCCCAGUGAACGCGUCAUCCGCCCUGGCUGGGAGAAUAAGACGCCUCGAAGCCCCGAAGACUUUGCCCGGGCGUGGAAGGAGAGUAGUGACCGCGCUCUGCUGCUGGAGGACAUUGAGGAUUAUGUCGAACGACAUCCUUUCCACGGCGAACACUACGACAGGUUCAUGGAGUCACGGCGCAUGGACCAGUCCUCGGCUCAACGCGCUAACUCUCCCUUCACCUUGUCCUAUCUCCAGCAGAUGACUCUAACCUUGUGGCGUAGUGGGGUCAUGCUCAAGACGGACCCCAGCUUGACUAUCACUAUGCUAGUCACCAACUUCCUGCAGGCCAUUAUUGUCAGCAGCAUUUUCUACAACCUGCCCGAAGCGACCUCGGCCUUCCAGAGCCGGGCUGUCCUGCUAUUCUUCCUCAUCCUCAUGAACGCGUUCAGCAGCAUCUUGGAGAUUAUUAACCUUUAUGCCAAGCGUAAGAUUGUCGAGAAGCAUGCCAGAUAUGCCCUAUAUCACCCCAGCGCCGAAGCCCUCUCUUCAAUGAUUGUGGACCUGCCGUACAAGAUCACCAACGCAAUAAUCACUAACAUCACCAUGUACUUCAUGGGCAAUCUCCGCCGCGAGCCAGGUGCAUUCUUCUACUUCCUGCUCGUCAUCUUUACAACAACCAUGACCAUGUCCAUGCUUUUCCGACUGAUCGGGUCAGUCACUAAGUCAAUUGCCCAAGCCAUGGCACCGUCCGCAAUCAUCCUCCUCGGCUUGAUCCUCUACACCGGCUUCACCAUCCCAGUACAGUACAUGCGCAGCUGGAUCAGCUGGUCUCGGUGGGCUAACCCAAUAUACUACGGUCUAGAGGCCAUCGUGAUCAACGAGUUCGCCGGGAUGGAUUUCCCAUGCUCCGUCUUCAUCCCCUCCGGCCCGGGCUAUGAGGAUGCCUCGCCGAGCGGCAGAGCAUGCUCCGCGCAGGGAGCCGUCCCUGGACAAGAUUCGGUCAGCGGUACGGCGUAUAUUAAGAGCGCUUACGGUUAUGAUCCGUCGCAUAGAUGGCGCAACUUUGGCGUCAUGCUUGCGUUCAUGGCCCUGUAUGCCUCUUUACACCUGGUGGCCACUGAGUAUGUCGCUUCUGAGCGCUCCAAGGGUGAGGUUCUGGUCUACCUUCGUAAGGCCAUGAAGCACUUCAAGAAAUCGCCGGGAGACAUUGAGAGCGGUUCUGUGACCUCGACCAAUCAGCAAACGUACAACGGCAACGUCUCAGGAGGAAAGGUCGAGAAGAACAUAUCAGUUUUCCACUGGAAGAAUGUUUCCUACGACAUCGAAAUUAAGGGAAAGCCCCGCCGGAUCCUGGACCAUGUUGACGGUUGGGUCAAGCCAGGUACCCUGACUGCGCUGAUGGGCUCUUCUGGUGCUGGUAAGACUACCCUUCUCGACGUUCUUGCCAGCCGUGUGACCAUGGGUGUGGUUACUGGCGAGAUGCUCGUGAACGGAUCACUCCGCGAUGAAUCCUUCCAAAGAAAGACCGGCUACGUUCAGCAACAGGAUCUCCAUCUGCACACAUCAACUGUCCGCGAGGCUCUUACAUUCAGUGCCCUCCUUCGACAACCAUCUCAAUACAGCCGCCAGGAAAAGCUUGAUUACGUCGAUACGGUCAUUGACUUGCUUAGCAUGGAAGAUUAUGCGGAUGCUAUCAUCGGUGUCCCUGGUGAAGGCCUCAAUGUUGAGCAGCGUAAGCGACUAACAAUCGGUGUAGAGCUCGCUGCUCGGCCCCAGCUUCUUCUCUUCUUCGAUGAGCCUACCUCGGGCUUGGACAGUCAGACCUCGUGGUCGAUUUGCAAUCUCAUGGAGAAGCUGACCAAGAGCGGCCAAGCCAUCCUUUGCACUAUUCAUCAGCCUUCUGCCAUGCUAUUUCAAAGAUUCGACCGUCUUUUACUGCUAUCAAAGGGCAAGACUAUCUAUUUUGGCGAUAUCGGAAAAGACUCCCACAUCCUCGUCGACUACUUCACCCGCAAUGGCGCCCAUGGCCUUCCGACUGGUUCCAACCCGGCCGAGUACAUGCUCGAGGUCAUCGGCGCGGCUCCCGGCGCAAUCACGGAAAUCGACUGGCCGGAUGUCUGGCAGAACAGUGCCGAAUAUCAGCUGGUUCAACAGGAGCUAGGAAAGCUUGCGUCUUCGGCGUCGUCCGAACAGCCAAGUACUGACACUCACGUAUACGAGGAGUUUGCCGCGUCAUCUCUGGAGCAGCACCGGCAAGUGACGAAGCGGGUCUUUGAGCAGUAUUGGCGAAGCCCUGGGUACAUUUAUGCCAAGGCUCUCCUCGCAGUCGGCGUGUCGCUUUUCAUCGGACUUUCAUUCUUGAACGGUGACAACACACAGCGUGGCCUGACGAACCAGAUGUUCGGUGUCUUCAUCUUCCUCAGUAUUUUCCCGCAACUGGUCAACCAGAUCAUGCCCGUUUUCGCACUGCAGCGUGUCAUGUACGAAGCUCGCGAGCGUCCGUCCAAGACGUACUCCUGGAAGGCUUUUCUGACUGCCAACAUCGUCGUUGAGCUUGCUUGGAAUUCGCUCAUGUCGGUUUUCGCCUUCGUCUGCUGGUACUUCCCCAUUGGUCUGUAUAAGAAUGCCGAAUGGACUGAUUCCGUCGACUCGCGCGGCAUUACGAUGUACCUGCAUAUCUGGAUCUUUUUCGCUUUUGCUAGCACAUUUUCGCACAUGAUGAUUGCGGGACUCCCAAGUGCUGAUAUAGCUGGAGGUGCUAUGAACCUCCUUCUCAUCAUGAUGUUUACAUUUUGCGGUGUCCUUGCCGGCCCGAAUGCUCUCCCGGGAUUCUGGAUCUUCAUGUACCGCAUCAAUCCCUUCACAUACAUCAUCGAAAGUUUCCUCGGCACCUCCCUUGGUAACGCCCCUAUGUACUGCGCGUCCAAUGAACUCGUACGCUUCAGCGCCCCCAACGGCUCAACGUGCGCUGAGUAUGCCGCCGAUUUUAUUGCUCAAGCUGGGGGCUACCUCGACGACCCCGAGUCUUCUGACUGUGGCUAUUGCGCCAUGAGCGAGAGUAAUACUUUCUUAGCCAGCGUCAGCGUCAGCUUUAACAACAGGUGGAGGGACUUUGGGUUUAUGUGGGCUUUCUGCAUUUUCAACGUUGGCAUGGCUUUCGUAUUCUACUGGCUGGCAAGGGUACCCAAGAACAAGAAGGUCAAGAAGGAGUAGGACAGAGUAGUGUCUGACUUCAGCGCGGAAGGCAAGGCUUGUCCUUUUGAGGAUACAGACAGUGACGACACUGCAAAACAAAACAAGACCGUAUCAGUCAAC